AUGUCUUCUAAUGACACUUCCACAAUAGAACUAACAGAUCCAACUGACAAAGUUCCAUUCUUCAAAAAGAAAUCCAGACCAAACAAAAACAUUCGUAAACGUAAACAAUCCUCUCAUGAAGGCUCGUCCGACGAAGCAGGAAAGUCGGCAGUAGUCACAAAGGAGAGAAAAAUCGAUCCGAAUAGUCCGUUCGUACAAAUUUCCAGAAAGGAAAAACAGAAAGAGGACAUUUCUGUCAAGUUUUCAUCAAAUCAACUAGCAGCGCCAUUAACUGGUCAAGAUGUUGCAACUAGAAGUGCAGAAUGGGACACUGAGUUUGAUAAAGACGCACAGGCUCUAUUAGAGAAAAAAAUUGCGGCUGAGGAUGCCGCGGAUGACGACAAUUUGUACAGAGGUCAAACUGCGUACAAAACAUAUAUCAAAAAGCGCGAUACUGCUGCUGGAAGUGCUGCAAGCUCUAAAAUAAAGCAAGUUUUCAUUCCCGAAGCUGGACCCAUUCGGGCUCCAACAAAUAUAAGAGUUACAUCUCGUUUCGACUAUCAACCCGACAUAUGCAAAGAUUACAAAGAAACGGGUUACUGUGGUUAUGGCGAUUCAUGCAAAUUUCUGCACGAUCGUGGAGAUUACAAGACGGGUUGGCAACUCGAGAGAGAAUGGGAAGAGAUGCAGGGUAACUUGAGACGCAAUCAAAAUGCUUUCCUCAUCGAAAGCAGCGAUGAGGACAGCGAUGAUGAUUUACCAUUUGCCUGUAUCAUUUGUAGAAAGGAAUUUCAGGAUCCUGUGAUCACAAAGUAA